GAGGAAGACCCCCUCUCUCCUCACAGCGCAAACACAGCACCGCAAAUAUUCCAUCACACCUUGAGUAAAUAAAAACGUGUCCUGAACUACAAACCGCGAACUGCAUACGUCUAGCAUCUUUUUGAUAAUAAUCUAAAAAUAUUUUGUUAAUAGCUUUCUUUUUUCUUUUCGCGUUAGGUGCGCUGGAUGACGUAUUAUUUGUGAGACAAGCUUACCGUGUGCUUGUGAACACCGAGCGGUGCAGCAGUGGGAAAUAUUUCGGCAGUCCUUUUAAAACUUGUCAGUCGAUGAAUAAGGUAAUGUCACUGUUCAACAAUGAAAAUGAACCCGCAAGUAAAGGUUAACUUAAUCAGUCAGCCGGGCAGCUUACAUUAAGUACGCUCCGAAAGCGACACGGUAGCCAAAAGCUAAAUCUUUAGUAAGUUAGUGUUAAAGGUUAAUUUAGCUUGGUGUUCAAGCUUACUUUUUGAGUUAUGAAUGUCACAAGGGUUGGUUUAGUGUAACAUGAGAUUGAAUGAUGGGGUUAAACUAACUGACAGUCGCAACCGGCUUAGUUAUCCCGGGUUAACGCCAGCUAAAUUAGCUAACGUUAGCUAAAGGACUUGCGGAAGAGUUGAUGCCUUACCGGAGUUAGUUGACUAUAGUCGGCAUUAAUCAUCUGUCACAAGCUGGUUAAAUGCUGGUAUUGUUCGCUUGUUUGGUUAGUAGAGCCUUGUAGUACCAGUGCAGUUUUGCAUCAAGUAACUUUUUUUUUUUUUUAAAUGCAAUUAGCUUUAGCUAAAGUGCUACUGACCACACGAUAUGCAGCUGAGUUUCUAGUGAGAAGUAAGCCUAGGUUGGAGAAAAGUGGCUGGUCUUCUUUGACAGUCUGAUUAACGUAAUUCGGCCUCAACAUACUGUGGGGGCAUGCAGACGGAGGAUGUCUGCUGCAGCUUUGCGUCUGAUCCACUGUCGGAGGCUGAGCACCGCUGGGCCGCCUGGAGUGAAGAGAGUGCUGCAGUGGAAACAUUUAAGGAAGGUUGCUAAAGUAACUGGCGCAGUUGUCUUGGGGGGCUGUCUUUUUAUUACAUACGAGGUUGUAGCCUUGGACAAGGCUGUGACCAUUGACACUAGUGCAAUUUUUCAAGAGAAGUACAAGUCUUACAUUUAUCUGAAAGCCACGCCCUCAGAUGAAAAGGAGAACCUUGCUGCAGGGCUUACACAAAAAGCACGGAGGGAACUUCAUAAAGCAGCACGGCGGUUUCUGGAAAUAUCCUCUAGGCUUUUGCUGCAAUCACUAGAUGAGCACUUUACCCAAGUAGAUGCAGACCCACAUGAAGUGGCAUUAUGGGUGCUGCUGAAGAGGACACAGUCAGCCAAUAAAGCCAUCAGACUACAGGCUUUACAGGAGCUUGCAGAUAAUCACCACUGGCAUGACUACCAGUACCAGACAGCCGCCCAGGUUAUAGACCAGCGAACAGCAGUGGGCCUGGCCCGGACUCAUCAGGUAGACCUGCGAUUCUUCCUGCCCCCACCUGCGCUACCUGAUCUGGAAGAUGGAUUGUCGGCAGAGGAUGGACUUAGGCAGCUGCUGGCGUCUCUGCCUCUGUCUGAGGUUGACAAAUGUGUUCAGUACUUCACUUCACUGGCCCUCAGAGAGAGCACUCAGUCAAUGGCAGCACAACGGGGUGGUCUUUGGUGUUUUGGUGGCAAUGGGCUGCCCUACGCCCAGAGCCUUACCUCUGUCCCGUCAGAGAAGGUGGAAUCCUUCUGUCUACAGGCCCUGGUUCAGCACUCAAAGGUUCAGAGCCACUGUGACCACAUAGUUGCCAACGGGGGCCUGCAGCUCCUCCAAAGGGUUUAUCAGCUCCGUAGAGACUCCCUCAAGAUUCAGAGGAACAUUGUUCGUAUCAUAGGAAACUUGGCUCUCAAUGAGAGUGUUCACCAGGCCAUAGCCCAGUCUGGUUGGGUAUCUGUCCUGGCUGAGAUGAUGCAGUCCCCUCAUGUAAUGCAGGCGUCUCAUGCAGCUCGCGCUCUGGCCAACCUGGAUAGGGAGACAGUGAAAGAGAAAUACCAGGACGGCGUCUACAUCCUCCAUCCACAAACACGUGGCAACCAGCCGAUCAAAGCAGACGUGCUGUUCAUCCAUGGGAUUCUAGGGGCAGCUUUUAAGACGUGGAGGCAGAAGGACCGCAAUUUGUUGGAAGAAGAGAAGGAGGCAGAAAGCAGGGACGACUACACAGAGUGCUGGCCAAAGUCAUGGUUGGCUGCUGACUGUCCAAAUUUGAGAGUACUGUCAGUGGAGUAUGACAGCCACCUCAGUGACUGGAUGGCUAAGUGUCCCGCUGAGAAUCAAAGGAAGUCCUUGGCCUACAGAAGUCGAGAGCUGCUCAAAAAGUUAAAGCUGGCAGGGGUUGGAGAGAGGCCUGUGGUCUGGGUAGCCCACAGUAUGGGAGGAUUACUUGUGAAGAAAAUGCUGCUGGAUGCCUCAGAGGACCCAGAUAUGCAAGGGCUUUUAAAAAACACCAAGGGCAUUAUGUUCUAUAGUGUUCCUCACCAUGGUACUUUCAUGGCUGAGUACUCGGUCAAUGUCAGAUAUCUUCUGUUUCCCUCUAUAGAAGUCAGAGAACUUUGUAAAGACUCACCAGCACUCCGUAACCUGAAUGAGAACUUCUUGAACAUAGCCAAAGAAAAUGAAUUCAAGGUCCUGAGCUUUGCAGAGAUGCUGCCAACAAAUAUUGGUCCCAUGAUCAAGAUACUUGUGGUACCGUCACAGUCAGCAAAUCUUGGCAUCGGGGAGCUCAUUGAGGUGGAUGUAGAUCAUCUCAACAUCUGCAAGCCAGAGAAGAAGGACUCAUUCCUGUACAAACGCAGCCUCCGGUUCAUCCAGGAAGCACUGCAGAGCUACAUCAGCCACUGACUGAAAUAUAUGUACACAAACACACUGAUAUAACCUACUGUAUACUUGAAAUGGGGGAGAGCACUGUCACCAACCCAGACCCAAACCAAAUGGAACUAUGACUGCCUCUCCUUGUGGUACACUUACAUAAACACACACUAAUUUGAUCAUAGUAUAAUGAAGGAAAUUAAAUAUAUUUUACACAGAUAUCUGUUGAGAGUUAUCAGUUGUGAUGACAUGUUGUUCUCCUAGUCAUUUUCCUAGAUUGGUCUCUUUAACCUGUAAAUCAGAUGAAUUUUAAAGCUAAUUUGAAUUUUUUUAAAAACAUAAUAUGUUUACAAGUAAGUUCAGAUAAUUAAUAUUUAUUUUAGAUUUUAUUUUUCUGGCAUUUUUUCCAUUUCAUUUCAGCCUUAGCAGUUUAACUUAGCUUAUGCUGCACAAUGCUCAUACUGUAUUUAGAUCUUGUAUUUAGAUUUAGAUAAAGGUGCACUGACCAGCCGUUGCCACUCAUGCUCAUCAAUUUUGACCAGAGCAAUAGUUUAAGCUUUUAUUUUUAUAUUUAUAUUUUAUUAUAACUACAGUAUGAAAGUGAUAUUGUCAUAUUCCUUCCUCAGCCUUACCUCAAAUUAAACUAUUAAUAUUA